AUGGACUGCUCGUUAUCAAGGCUAUCAAGCCUUGUGGAGAACGAAGAAGUGGAGUUCGACGCAGACAUAGCAGGGAUAGGAGUUCUGAUCGCUUUUCUUGCGACGUCUUUGGUUGCAUUUAUCACUUUGCUCGCAGCCUAUAUCACGCUCUCAGUUCCACCUCGGCUUUGUAACGCAGGGGACACCGUCCUGUCCACUCAUUUGCGGGACUACCUCCGUAAACUACGGAGGAAACUGCCCAAGCUAAAGCGUGUGAAAGUAGUCGACAGCCAGAGUGAGCGCAUUCAUGCUUUCAUGGCCUUUAUGCUUUCCAUCAGCGAUCAGAUUCUUGUUUCUCAAGUCGCCAUUCUUAUUGCCGCCUUCAUCAUCCACGUGGAGAUCACCAUAUACUCAGUCAACAUCGUCAUAGCCCUUGGGUGCCUGGCUUCCACCGUGCACUUGGGUAGCUUCCCCUUCUACAUAGACCGCCUGAGAGACCACGGGACCGCUAAGAUGGUCCGAGUCAUUGCUAUGGCGGCUGGAUCGGGGAUGCUGGCGUUCGUGUUGAUUAUUCAGUUGUCCUAUACUUGGGACAUGGAGACGCGCGUUUAUUUCACUUGUGUUCUACACGACUUUCAAAUCAGAGGCGAUAAUAUUGCCAGUAGUGUUAUCGGACUUUUCGUGCCGAUUUCCGUGCUUUAUGGCACGUACGAAAUUGUUCAGCUGUUGUAUACGAAGCAACCACCUGGAAGUAAAGCUGAUCCGUCAUUGGUGGCGCAGAUGUCCGAACAGCCGAACAAUGCAGCUUUGCAACGGUUAGAAGAACUACCCAUUGAAGGAGUCGGAGAAGACCUCAGUAGAAUCAAAUGCGAAGCAGAGUUGCUGGACAGGUUGCUACGGCUAAUUGAUCAGAAGGAAUCCAACACUAUUACAAACUCGACAGACACCUCGGAUAUACCCCUACAGGGGAUCGCACAAGUAUCCGACAGCCGCGAGGUACAGCCUGAUAUUGGCCAGUACACUUACGCUGAGCUAAAUUCCAGCUUCUUAAAGCCUCGUCUUUCGAAAAUGUCUUAUAAAGAUAUCUGGCGACAAACCCGGGAGAGCGAUAGAAAUGCUCUUCUCAGCAAGUGGCUACAAUUACAAUCCCUAAACCUUUUGGUCUCAGACUCAAAGUCUAACUUUCGCCUGAAAGCUCGAGUGUACUGGGUUGCCGAACAGUGGGCGUUCCACCAGUGUCGCGGAUCUUUCAUGUGGAGACUUCUGUGGCUUUGGUCUGGUAACGCUUAUGGUAUUGUAACCGUUUUCUUGUCCCGAUCAAACAGAACGGGGUUGUCAGGAGACCCUGAUCAUUGGGGCUUCGGGCAAGUUGUCCCUCUAGCUCUGCUCGCGUUGCCACUUUUUGCAGCUAUGGAGAGUCACGCAGACUAUAAGAGGAACCUCAAGUCAAUCACUGUUAAAAGCCAUGCAUCGCCCUCGGACUUGCUAGUGUCUGGAGUGUUCCUUCAUAUGAACCAUCCGGAUGGCCUAUCUAAAGACGAUCGUGAAGCUACCGACUAUGUAAGAAAGAUCGAUGAAGCAUUGCAAAAGCGUGCCAAGGAUAUGGGUCACCCAGAACUUUACAAGUGGGUUAAAGGACAAGAGCUGAAGCAUUCAUCAAGCAUCUGGAGUGCUGUUGUUUAUCAUACUUUAUUCAUGGCCUCCUUCACUACUGCGAUGGGUGGGUUCAUGGCCCUUGGGACUUUAUGGGUCGAGGUUACACUGGUAUCGAUAAUGCUCAUUCUCACUAUUCGCAGGGCUGCUGACCUCGUAUGGAUGGCCAAGCGUACUAGAACGGGACCCGCAGUUUUGAAAUAUCUCGGUACCAUAACUUCGAGCGAAUUCCAACAGGACGGCAGUCAUGGCGAGCGAAUGAUGGCGGCUCAAGCAGCUGGAGAAGUGGAGGAGGACGUACAGGAUGAGGAACCAAGAGAGUGA